CCAGCCGCUGGGUGUCGCUGUAUCCCCGUUUCCAGUGUAAACACCGGCUGCUUCUGUCAGACAGCUAGCUGCGCGCGAGCCGGAGCUGCCGGUGCCCCGUUUCCCGGCGCCUUUGAGCCGCUGAUAAAAGUCGACAUGAGGAGUUUGAAAACGCAGAUAAGCCCCGAUGAACACGCGGAAAGGUGACGGGUUUGAGAAGGCGUCGGAAGAUGGAAAAGCAGAGCAGAGCCUCACCUGCUGCUGGCUUCAGAGUGGAGGCGCAGCAGCUUCCUGAUCCCAGAGCUGCUGCCUUCACUUCACCAAAUCCUCCAUCAAGGGCAGAUUUAGGCCUCAAACCUGGAGCAAAAACUGUAUCUGCAAGUUCUGGCUGGUCAGUCCAGGAGACCAACGUUGGUUUCCCACAGAGGAACCGAACCGAACGAGAUCCAAAUGAGAAGAGCUCAAGAAGCAGCAGAGACUUUCAGGGGAGAAACGUGGGCAGAAGCUCUGCAGACCCACAGAAAAAUGCCUCCAGAGGAGGCCCACACCCAGCAGCAAACCUGCGUCCGUUUGAGGUGACGAUGACGGAUUUCCCACAGUUGGAAAGUGUUUCUCAGAACGACUGCUGGGGUCCAAACCCCCAACCGAGACGCCCCCGAACGUCCAAUCCGCUCCGGACGCCCGGCGGGAACUCCGACCCCCCUCAGAACGCCCCCCACGCUAAACCGGAUGCAGCAGCUCAUCCGGGGGGAAAGUCCUGGGCUAACGUGGCCUCACAGCCUCCACAGAAACCUGCUCAAGCCGACACGACGAGCAGCAGAUUCCAGACAGAAGACGCGUCUGAACAGAGAGACGGCGACGCUCCAGGAAAGAAGAAGAGGAAGAAGAAGAAGAAGGCUAAAGGCAGUUCUGGUGAAGCUGCAGCCGAGCCGGAGAACCUCGCCGUCCCACUAGAACCCCCCAAAUUCCAGGACGAACUGGAGUUUCCUGGUUUGGGAGUCGCUUCAAAAGGCGCUGAGAGGUUCAGUAACAUGAAGCUGAGCAGCGAGGAGAACCAGCUUCUGUCUGCAGAGCUGAAAAAGUCGCCUGUUGGAAAAAGUCAGAAAGUUUCCGGGAAAAAGAGCAAAGUUCCCGUCCAGCUGGACAUCGGGAACAUGCUGGCGGCUCUGGAGAAGAAGCAGCAAUCUCAGCGAGCCAAGCAGGAGGCCAAGCCGCUCAGCCUCUCAGUCGGUGGAGGACUGCCCGUCGUUCACAAGCAGCCAUUAGCCCAGAAAAAACCUCCGUGGCAGCAGGAGAAAGUAGCACACAACCCUCUGGACUCCACCUGCCCUCUGGUGAAGAAAGGCAAGCAGAGGGAGGUGCCCAAAGCCAAGAAACCCACGCCGCUCAAGAAGGUCAUCUUGAAAGAAAGAGAAGAGCGGAAACAGAAGCGACUGAUGGAGGAGCGCGGUUUGCUGCCGGAAGACGAGCAGGAGUCGAAGAAGGAGGAGAACGCAGAUGUGGUUGAGCUGGGCAGUUCUGUAGAGGAACCAGAUGAUCCGUUGGAGUCAAAUGAAAUGAAUCCAACCCCAGAAGAAGACGAGGAAGAAACGGACAAAACCAUUCAGCAACCUGCAACCUCUCCUGUGCCACCUCCAGCAAAUGUCCCCAAAAUCCACAGCAGGAAGUUCAGAGACUACUGCAGCCAGAUGCUGAGGAAGGACGUGGACGAGUGCGUCACCGUUCUCCUGAAGGAGCUGGUUCGCUUCCAGGACCGCCUGUACCACAAAGACCCCAUCAAGGCCCGCAUGAAGAGACGGAUCGUCAUGGGGCUCCGGGAGGUCCUGAAGCACCUCAAACUCCGGAAGGUCAAGUGUGUCAUCAUCUCGCCCAACUGCGAACGGAUCCAGUCCAAAGGCGGCCUGGACGAGGCGCUCCACACCAUCAUCCAAACGUGCCGGGAACAAGCCGUGCCCUUCGUCUUCGCCCUCUCCAGGAAAGCUCUGGGCCACUGCGUCAACAAGGCCGUGCCCGUCAGCCUGGUGGGCAUCUUCAACUACGACGGCGCUCAGGAUCACUACCACAAGAUGAUCGAGCUGUCGGCCGAGGCCAGGAAAGCCUACGAGGUUUUGGUGUCCAGCCUGGACGAGGAGGACGGCGCCGAGAAACGGGUCGAGGAGAACCCGACCGAGGAACUCGCUGCUGGUUCUGUCAUAGCGGAGCUGGAGAAACCAGACUAUUUAAAAUUCUGGGAAAAAAUGUUAGAGAAAGAAGAAAAUCGAAUGUUUCUGAACAUUGAGGAGCAGCUGAACUUCCUGCAUUUGGACCAUGAAUGUACAGAAGCCUUCGAAGGCCAAAAGAGUUGAUAUUGGACUCCUUAAAUAUCUUUAUUUCAUCACAGCGAUCAUGAACUACUUUUGUUUUGAUUUGGAGUAGAGAAACCAAACCAGCGUGGAAAUAAUUUUGACACCUUUCAGAUGAAGGUUCCUCAACGUCGACCCCCACUCUCACCUGUGACGGAUCACCUGGAUCAGAGAUAAUCAGGUGUGAAAUCUUCUCAUCUAGCAGAGGAUCAGCCCUGGUUUGGAUGAAAAAGACUAAAGGAAGGAAGUGUGAAGCGAUGACUGUAGUGACAACCUUUAAUGUGAAAGAGCCUGUACAGGAAGUUGUAAAUAAAAGAUUUUCUGUUGUUACUUUUAGUUAAGAACCAUGAAAGCUGUUGGUGAACUACAAGCCAACUGGAUCUUUAUUUUUAAAGGUCAAACGAUGAAGCUGACGUGCUAUUCUAAUGGACUCAACCUGAAAAAAUAAGAGUCUACUCAGAUAUAGGAAAACCCACUUCCUGUGUACACCUGUCCACAGGUGAGGGCAUGGUCCACCCACUCACCAAUGUGCCAGAAAGAGCAAAAUAAAACACUAAAGAAAA